AUGAGUUCGCCGCCGGUCCCCCGUGACUCUGCUGCUUCUUUCGCCCACGUACCUCGAGGCCUCCCCGGCCACCAGCUGCACAAAGAAGGGCUGCAGCGCCAAAAUUUGAAUACUGACGGCAGCGUAACACAGCGAACAAUCUCAGCACCCCCCGAAACCUCCUCUGCAGGGCCCUCACGACAACGGGAGGGACUCUUGGGGGGGUCCCCGGGGGAGGGUACCAAUCAAUCCCGAGGGCAUCUGGCAUCUCCGCAGCAAGACUCUUGGGUGUCUCCAGAGGAAUCGUGGGCGCAGCUUCAGCUGACCCCCUCCUCAGCUAGAGCUGGGGGGGCGGCUGCUGCGAAGAACGCAGCAGCAGCAGCAGCAGCAGCAAAACAAGCGCUAGCAGAGAGUGCAGCAGCAGCAGCUGCUGCGGGGGAAGCUGCCGCAGCAGCCGCUGCAGCAGCAGCAGCAGACGCCGUGGCAGCAAAGGAUGCAGCAGAACUUGUGGCUGAUCUGGAGGCAGCAGAUAUUGGGGAUAAUGAUUUUAAUUACGUUUUCAUUUUUACAAACCCAACAAGCGGAGGAAACAAGGCAGCUGCCUUCACGCGAACUGCGGUUUCGCGUUUAACUCUGCGGGAGCCUUUUAAGGUGAUGGUGUUCAUAAAUGACAUCCGAGAGGGAACAAGCGGCAGCAAGCCGGGUUUCUUGCUGUUGAAGGCAAUAGCAGAAAAGGUUAGCAGCGCCAGCUGCUGCGCGACUGCUGAUGAAGGGAAGGCAGACGCACAAGAGGCCCUGAAAAACAGCAGCAGCAGCGGCAGCAGCAGUAGCAGCAGUAGCAGCGCUGGCAAAGCCAACAAAACCCAAAAAACCAUCCGCGUGCUUGUAGCAGGAGGAGAUGGCACUGUUAUGUGGUGCUUAGAAGAAAUGGAAAAGACAGGAGUUCUCGGCAAUGUAUGUGCAGUAGGAGUUGUACCCUAUGGCACAGGUAAUGAUUUCGCCAACGCUUUUGGGUGGCGGCCUUUCAACGCAGCGAAUCCUUUCGACUCCUCAUUGCACACGCUGCGCAGCAUUGUGGAGCACAGCAUGAGGGCUCGAGUGGUUUUUCAUGACUUGUGGUCUGUGACUGUCUCUCUACGGCCUGGUGGUCACUUCAGCAGAAUCAAUCCACAUACCAGAAAGAAAGAAGUGGUGGAAAGAGGAGGAGAGCCUGUGCGGCAGUUGUCCUUCACAAUGAGCAAUUACUUUACGUUUGCGUUUUCUGUUGUUGCCACGGCUUUUUACUUUCAGCGUUACGGUAUUGAGGGCUUUAAGAAAACCUUCCUGACUAGGACAAAAAGCAUCAACGACAUUAUGCUAAACUUGCGCGUACACCCCAACUCCCCACAGGAAGAAAUCCUCUGCACUACCGACAAGUCGAAGGCCAAACACGAACACAUUCCUCUCCUUAAAAAGACGGCGUCUUUGGUUCUGCUUAACAUUCCAAGCUUCAGCGGAGGAAAUGACAUUUGGGGGCCUUCUCGAAAAUUGGCAACAACACAGUCAAGCAAACAAAAGCAAAAGGAAGCAAAGGCGCUGUUGCAAGUGCCUCAGCAGAUGGGCGAUGAGCGGCUGGAGUUUAUGACGUUUCGGAGCGUCCCUUCGAUGGGAAUGGAGUUUCUGGUGCGCGGGAGGGGCUCGAGGCUACACAGCGGGGGAGGGCCUUGGGAUAUAUCAUUUAGGCCCCUGGAUGAGGGGACCCGAGUCUACUUUCAGACAGACGGGGAGUAUUACCAGCUGAGUUUGCCUUCUUCUGUCUCCGUUUCUCAUAAUAGAAGGGUCCAGGUCCUGUCGUUAACCCCCGAGAGGGAGACAAACAAAUCCUAA